AUGGGAAACUUCUUUAACAAAGUUUAAGUAAAAACUGAUGCGUUUUUCUAAGCACACCAUUCUAAUUAGCAUCACAAUACUCAUUCUUAGUAACCUCCUCAUUUAGGUUAAUAUCCUCCUCCUCCUGAAAUGUAGGCUUAGUACCCUCCUCACUAAUAAUAAGGAUAAUAUCCUCCACCUCCUCCUGAUAUGCACGCCUAAUAGUGCUCAUUCCCUCCAUAGUAAUAAGGUUCUUUCCCUCCUCCACCACCUCCUUUUGCUGAUUAGUUUUAACCUUAAUAGUUUGGUUGCCAAAAUCAAAAUCCUUACUACAAGGAUAAAAGAAAAUCAGUCUUCAAAAAAUUUAGCAAAAAAGCUGGUAAAGACAACCACUAAAAUUCAAACUACUUUGAUCACUUAGAGUAAUCUAGUUGA